AACAACCCAGAAAGAGAAAACCUUCAUCCAUGGCUUUUCUUCUUCCUUCCCUCCUCAAAACCCUAACAACGACCUUCCUCCUCGUAUCCCUCCUCCUAUUACAAACUUCCCUGAUCACCGCCCACGGCGGAGGAAACGAUGACCAUGAUUCCACCGAAGCUGAUGGGCACGUGGACUUGCACGAGAAGAGCUUGAUAUUGGUCAAAGUAUGGUGCUUGAUAAUCCUUCUCGUCAGCACGUUCGCCGCCGGCGUCUCUCCCUACUUUUACAGAUGGAACGAUGCUUUUCUUCUCCUGGGAACGCAGUUCGCCGGCGGGGUUUUCUUGGCCACGUCGCUGAUUCAUUUCUUGAGCGAUUCUAACGAGACUUUCACUGAUCUGGUGACCGAUAAGGAUUACCCAUUUGCCUUCAUGUUGGCCUCGGCCGGUUAUUUGCUCACAAUGCUAGGCGACUGCGUCGUGGAUCUUCUGGUCAAAGGUGGCGGUGGAGCAAGGGAGGUGGGGGCGGCAAGAGUGGAAGUAGAAGAAAGUGGUGUCCGGAAAGAGAUGGGUGCCGUUGAUGAUCACAAUGGUUUUUUGUUGAGGACGACGAGUUUAGGCGACACCAUUUUGCUGAUCAUUGCCUUAUGUUUUCACUCGGUUUUUGAGGGGAUCGCCAUUGGAGUUUCAGGUAGCAAAUCAGAGGCAUGGAGGAACUUAUGGACAAUUUCUCUGCACAAGAUAUUUGCAGCCAUCGCCAUGGGAAUUGCUCUUCUGAAGAUGCUACCGAAAAGGCCACUCCUGCUAACAUCGGCUUACUCAUUUGCAUUUGCAGUGUCAAGUCCCAUCGGAGUAGGUAUAGGUAUCGCAAUUGACGCCACCACAGAAGGCGCCGCCGCCGACUGGACUUACGCAAUUUCAAUGGGAUUGGCCUGUGGAGUUUUUAUAUACGUUGCAAUCAACCAUUUGAUUUCUAAAGGUUUUAAACCCCAAUCUGAAUGUAAAUUUGAUACGCCGUUCUUUAAGUUUCUUGCUGUGCUUCUUGGAGUUGCUGUAAUUGCUGUUGUUAUGAUUUGGGAUUGAAUUGAUUUUACUUGUUAAAUAUUAAUUAAUGGAUUAAAUUAUAAAUUAAUCCAUUAAUUAAGUGCAUAAUGGUUUUAAUUAUGUUCUAUUUAGUAUUUUCGAUAAUUAUAACUUAAUCAUCGUUACUUUUCUUUUCUUUCUCUACUAGA